AUGGAAUCAAAAUAUAAGCAACUUUUGACAUCUUUUCCUGGUUUUAUGCAAUCUGGUUCAUUUUUUCCUGAUUGGGGAUAUCAAUGUUUAGGUUACAAUCAACAAUCUGAAGAUGCACAUUGGGCUCCUUUUAUCAAAACAGCUAUUAAUUAUGUUCGUGAUACUUAUCCUCAACCAUGGACAGAUCCUCAUAUUCAAGGUCUUAUCGUAUUUAUUUUCGCUAUCAUGUCACAUGAUGUAGCAGAUGUCAAAUGGCAUUCUUUAAAUGGAUUGGAAAAUUAUUUUAUACAAGCAAUGUCACAAUUGGAUUUUGAUGGUGAUUAUCAAAAAGCACAUACAGUAGCUGAUACGGGGGCUGAAUUCACUUUACAACAUGCUGCACGAGUGGGAUAUUUAAAUGAAACUUGGCAAGUACCUCUUCAAGAUUUAGUCAAUAUUUAUGAACUGUAUUAUAGUAAUGAUAAUAUAUAUCAACAACAACAACAACAACAUUUGACAAAUCCUUUUCGACCAAUGAUACCUUUGAAAGAUCAUCUUCGUUACUGCAUGGUGGCGGCAUUCGCAGGGGUCAAGUUGGAUUUAAAAUUUGGACAAUGGAUGUUUGAUUAUUAUGGUGCCAAGAGAUUACAAGAUCUUGCAGCAAGUGUCAGUUAUUGUUACAAAGAUAUGAUUCAUGCUUUUGAAAGUGGUGUACCUGACAUACUUUGUGAUGACUAUUUUGACAACGGCUUACACAGUAAGAACAACUCUGUUAGAUUUGAAUAUCAUACAAAAGUACAACGACCUACUUUUCGUCAUAGAUGGAUUGAUGAUGAUGAUAUAGAACAAUUACAACGGAAAUACGGCAUCAUAGAUGAUUGGGACACCAAAAACGGAAUUCUUACUUUGACACUCAACCAAUCAACAUUUAACGAGCAAUAUCAUCAUUUACUUCAACAACAAAAUGAUGGAUCUCAUCAACAUUAUAAUGACAAGUUUCAACAAGUUAUCAUCAAUACAUCCUCAGCAACUGUUGAUUUGUCUGUACAACAUCUAUUGGAGGAACCUUUUCAUAAUCACUGUCGCCCUUUGGAACAAGUUUCUAGUAGAAAAGAGGAUAGCAUCUCAGCAUUAUCUAUUCCAUCUUCUUUGGCAAGUUUUGGACAUGCAACCGUGAUUGGUGAUUUUGAUGGAGAUGGCCAUAUUGAUCUAGCCAUAUCCGCACCUUAUUACAGUAUUGAUAACAACGAUGGUGGUGUGAUAUCUUCUAGUCUCACAAUGGCUGGGGCUGUUUUCAUUUUGGAUGGACAAAAACAACCAAUGAUACGACAGCAGCAAAUGGAUGAUGCAAGAAAUGAAUCGAAACAAGUUUUAUUGGGGAAAGAUUCUGAUGGACGAUUUGGAUGGGCUCUUGCUGUAAUAGAUAUGAAUAGAGAUGGUAUAGAUGAUCUUGCCGUGGCAUCUCCUUUUGCUAAUGGUCUUCAAGGAAAAGUGGACAUUUUUUUUGGUAGUCUUGAUCAUGGAUUGGCGUCUGAACCGAAUAGGACCCUUCUAUCCGCAGCUACAACAGAAGGUUGGGGGUAUAUUUUGGCGGGGUUCGAUAUCAAUCAAGAUGGGUAUCGUGAUCUUCUGGUGGGUUGUCCUUAUUGUACGACCAUGAACAUACCUCAGGCAGGAUCAGUUGAAAUGUUUUUAUCCAAAUCUAUUUAUGGUAAUAAUGAUGAUAGAAGACAAGAAAUAAUACCAGAUCAAAUAUUCCAAAGCAAUACACCUAUGUCAUAUGAACAUUUUGGUUGGUCUAUGACAUUCUUCUCUUCUUUGACAAAUUAUGGUACACUUUUGGUUGGGGCUCCAAGUGCUAAAAUAAACAAUGUUCCUCAAGUUGGCAAGGUCUAUGGAUUUAUUGUAUUGAACGAUAUCUCAUCAAAAUUACAAUGGAUGAUGCCUGGAAAAAGAAAAUUUGAACAAUUUGGAACUGUACUUCAAGGAUGGAAAAAUGACAUGUUGGUGAUAUCAAGUCCUACAGAGGAUACAUAUUCAGGUGUACGUAAGUAUUGGCAAGGAGGUAGUGUCCGACUUUAUGAUUGGCGUGUAUUGGAUCGGGGGCAGAAAUCACUAGCAACCGAGUAUGGAUUGGUCAAGAAAAUCAAGGGACAACAAGUGUCAGGCCAUUUUGGUGCCAGCGUAGUUUUCUUUCAAGAUAAAGAUGAUAAUGUUGGACUUUGGAUUGGCGAACCUAUGGGUUCAAAAGAAAAAGGAAGAUUAUAUCGUUGGAUAGUGAACAAAGAACGUCUUGAUUGCUUGGAAAACCAUGCUACUAUGGCACGGUUUGGAUCUCGGGUAAUCAAUGUAGGAACGGAUGUUAUAUGUAUUACUUCCCAGCACGAUAGUCAUAGUGCAAGAUUCUCUGGAGCCAUCCAUUUGUAUCAAACAUUAGUAUAG